UGUAUUGUAAAUAGCGCAUGAAUUGUGAAACCGAAAGGAAAGUCAAUAACUUUUACCGUAACAAAUCAAACAAAAAUUUUCACAUAAGCAAUACGGAUAUGGAGCGAAUUGAAGAAGCUGCUAGGCAAUGGCUUGAAGAACACAAAAAGGAGUACAAUUCCUGUGACUUAGAAAGAAAAGAUUAUGAUUUUAUUUUCACAUUUUCAACUGACACUGACAAGUCUAGUGGUGUAACAUGUUCAUUUAGUGUAACGUGUCCAGACUCUGAUGAUGGUUUAUGGUCAGUAUGGAGUGAAGAUUCAAGUCUACAGCCACAUUUAGGUGUAAUACUAGAAUUUUGUGACUCAAAGAGACAGAAAACAAUCCAGGAAAUACUAGAUAAGAUAAAUUCAGUGUUACCUUUGGUAUUAGAUAAAAGUAAGCCAGUAACAGAAGAUAAAGAAGAAAUGGAAGAAGAUGAUGAUUAUGACGUUGAUGAUGAUGACGAUGAUGCCAAUUUUUAUGAUUACAAUGAUGAUGUAGAAGAGGAAUCUGCAGUAAGAAAUAAAACACCUGAAGAAGUAAGUUCAGAAGAAGAUGAUGAGAGAUUUUUUGGAGGGAAGACAAAUCCAACUGCAUUCCAGAGACUUGUUAAAGACUUGAAAAAUAUGAAAAAAGAGGCACACAAAUUUGGUAUAGAAGGAACACCAAGGGGAGACAAUCUAUUUAUAUGGGAUGUGAAGUUAACUGGUUUUUCUGCAGACACUACAUUAGGGAAAGAUAUAAAAAAGUGGGCAGAAAAUCAUAAAAGAGAGCCAGUGGUUUAUUUAGAGAUGCAGUUUCCUGGAGACUAUCCCAUGGCCCCACCAUUUGUAAGGGUCACACGGCCAAGAUUCAAAUUUCUCACAGGUCAUGUUACCAUAGGUGGCAGUAUAUGUAUGGAAAUGUUGACAAAAUCUGGCUGGACACCAACCAAUGACAUAGAGAGUAUUCUUGUUCAGAUAAGAUCUGAGAUAAUGAGUGAUCCAAACACAAGAUUAGACAGUAAUCCUGACCGAGAAUAUGGUGAAGCCGAGGCAAGAGAUGCUUUUAAUAGAAUGGUUAACAGAUAUGGAUGGAACAAGUGAAUUGUUGGAACAAAAUUACUUUCACGUUCAUGACACCAAAUGUAUUCCCAUUCCAAAAGACUACUACAUGAUGGAUGAUUUUCUAUGAAUUAAAUAAGAAAUAAAUUAAUUUAGUAAAAGAUCUGUUAUUAUUGAAUAAAUGUUAAGUUUGUUAAUUGCAUAUUAAUGACUUAAAUUACAGGUAGAAAAAAUACAGUAAGAAAAAGUAUCACAAGUGAAAGAAUAUUGUAUAAGUGGAUAUUUUUGUUCAUCAAAAUGUGUGCGAGAUCAAAGUUUCAGAAGUUUUCAUUUGACAUUUGGAAAUGUUAACUAGUCCCUGAUUCCAUUUUUUUGUGUGAAAUUUACACACUGAAAAUCACUCAUCCUUGAAACAUGUUCGUGUAGUACAUGUAUUUACCACUUAAACUCAGUAUCUGAUAUGUGUUUUAUAUAAUGUUCUUUUUACUAUUUGGUCCAACGAAUAUUACUGUUGAUGUAACAUGAACAAUACGAAAAUGUAAAAAGUGAAAUCAUCGCAUACAUGUCCUGCUUGGUCAGUGGGUUGGAAGUUUAAAGUUGAUGGUAGUUAUCUAUAAUUAUUAGUUAACCGCUGAUGAUUCAUUUUUAAACAUCUGUACUUUUCAGAAAAUUGUUUGAAUACCUGGUUUGAUAUUUGUGAAGU